CGACGAACCAGAUUCGCCGCUGUCAGUUGGCGUCGUCAGUUGGGCGGCAAGCGUCUGCACGGCCGAUACGCACCUGCCACGCGUGGGUGAUAGAAGCUCGUCGUCGGGUCGACACCUGCGUCCUCGACGGAGCUUGUGCUUGCGACGGCCGCGAUCGACACCGCGGACGACCCAUCGCUCGCCGCCGAAUUCAUAUCGUCGCGCAGUGGGCAUGAACGCCUGCAUCUCCUGUGCAGCUGCAGCAACUGAUCCGACUUGCAUGUUCUCUGCGACCGACAUUCGCCCUCGGCAGAUUCCCGUCGCAUCUGGAAGGUCAUGACGUGGCGGCCGCUGGUAACAGUAAAUGUGGCGAAUCAUGCCAUGUCGGCUCGGCGGCUAUUUCUGGCCAAGCCAAGAUGGAGGCGCCAGUGAGCACCAAGGUCGGCCUCGACAUUGCACGACUCACGACGGUAGAACGUACAUGCUCGUGAGCUUCCUCUUGCUGUGGUACUCGCAUCUUCUCGGAUGGUACCACUGGCUUUUGGCCCGGACGUGGACGUCGCUGGAUGACCAACACGAUGACGCCUGCGCUGUAGACCUCGAAGCUGAGGGAACGGCAAUUGGUGACGCACCGACGGCACAUGCUGACGCGCCACGGACGAUACCUCUGCAAGCCUCGGACGCGGUCCGCAGUGACAACCAAGCCGAUGACGCGCCAUUGCCGACGACAGACUCGCUCGACGCCGUGUUGCACAUGAUUGACGGCUAUAUCAACUGGCUCGCAGCACCACCGCGCGAGCUCGCCGAAAUCGACGACGGCAACAACAACAACCAGAUCGACGGCGAGGACGUCAAGGACAAAGAAGAAGCCGAAUUGACGCCCGAAGUCGAUACGGAGUUUAAUAUGACGACGACGACGUUGGCUAGAACAAAAGCACCGGCGAAACUGGUGCGGGGCAAGUCGGCGUCCAAGGUCGUUCACUUGGCCAGCGUCGUGCCAGCCAAGGGCGCCAAGCGGCUGCCCAAAGUUGCCGCCGACAGCGACACCCGACCGCGCUUUGUCACCGUGUCCCGGAAGCGCAGCUACUUUUCAACCGCUUAAAAUGUAAUUGUGGGCAUUGGAGGUAGCACCCUCGAAUCUCUGCUUGUCGAUAUACGUACUCCGAGCGACUCUGUUCUUUUACAGCACCCUGUGAUGCGUCC